AUGAGUUGCCCAAGUAGUAGGAAGAAUCGUCUGGAAGCGUGUGGUCCAACGGGACGAUUGAAGAAAUGCUUCCAACGGAAUUUUUGGGAAUUUCAUUUUAUUUUCCCAUGUUCUAGGGAACUGAUCAAUUCUGAAGGAAAAAUGAACGCUGAAGAGAAACUCGCGGACUCCAAGAAGCCAAUGGACGAGCAGAGCGACCCGUCGUUCUUCGAGGCAAGAGCGAAGGUGAUCGAGCCGAAAUUGGUCGAUGAGAUGGUUUCGCGAUCGAUGACCCAAGAGGACAAGCAAAAACUCGUGCAUGGCAUCCUCCAAGCGAUCAAACCCGUCAAUAAAGUAUCCGCUUUUUCCCGAAAAUUUCCUUUCCCCGAAAAUAUUCCCAGAAAUUUGCCAUUUCUGCCAAUCUUUCUGCAUUUUUUGUAG